GCAAUUUAUCUUUCCUAUAUAGUAAAAAAAAAAAAAAAAGACUAAAAAGUAUAAAGAGUGAAAAAGGGAAAAGCAAAAAGAAGGUAGAAGCUCGAGUGAGCUUUAACUGCGUAUCUCUCCAUCAAAUCAACCAAGCCAAAGGAUUACCGCCAAACAAGGUACAACAAUCUCUGUUCUCUUCUAAGCUUCUCUUCACUUCCUGUCUUGUCUCCUUUUCACACUCUUCAACCUCUUUCAUUUCAAACUUCGCAAAACCUCCCCACUUUCUCCAAACCUCAACCCCUCUCACAAUCUGCAACCCCUCCAUAGAUUCUCGUACCACCUUCAACUGGGUACUUCGUUUUUCAAUAAAGCUCUUUCCUUCAAUAAGAAUGCAUAUUAUAUGUUUGAUACAAAUUCCCACCCAGAAACAUUGCUGUUAAAGUUGUCUGUGGAAAGAGUUUCCAUUUUUAUUGGGAAUGGAAGCAAGAGUGAAGAAGUACCGGCAACUAAGUCCGGAGAGGGCCAAAGUGUGGACGGAGAAGUCACCCAAGUAUCACCAGCACCGCAAGGUGCCGGUGGUUUAUUAUCUUUGCCGGAAUAGGCAGCUAGAGCAUCCUCAUUUCAUGGAGGUUCCACUUUCAUCACCUCAUGGUUUAUCCUUGAGAGAUGUGAUUGAUAAACUUGAUGCUUUGAGAGGUAGAGGCAUGGCUGCCAUGUAUUCAUGGUCUUGUAAGAGAAGCUACAAGAACGGAUUUGUGUGGCAUGAUCUCUCUGAAGAUGAUAUAAUUCUACCUGCACAUGGAAAUGAGUAUGUCCUCAAAGGUUCAGAGCUAUUUCACGAAUCGAAUUCAGAUGGUUUCAGUCCCAGUAACAAUGUGAAAACACAGAGGCUGAAGAAGUUACCGGAGCCAGUUUCUUCUAGGAGAAAUGAUGAAUCUUCCUCCUCUUCUAGCAUGAAUGAGAAAGAGACUAGAAACUCCGAUGAAGAUGAUCCUUCCCCGGGAAAACGCGCUGGUUCCUCCGAUGUUUCUCCAGAAUCUAGAGCUGGAAACAGAGGUUCUCUAAGUUCACAAUUGACAGAUGACAAAAUCCACAAGACUGAUGGGUUUGCAGAUGCUUCAACCCAAACAGAAGUCAAUAUUAGUGGACACGAAAUCCAGAAAACUUGUACUAGGGGUGUAUCAACUGAGGAUGUAUCAUUAGAACCUGAAAUCGAAGAAACAUGUCAAACCCAAGUGCCACAAGUCAAAGAUAAUUCAGAAAUCUGUAGCGAUACUGUUUCUCCACCUCUCUCAAUUUCUAGUCCAUCCUCUUCUGGAGGGAAGACUGAAACUUUAGAAUCCCUGAUUAGAGCCGAUGCGAGUAAAAUGAACAGCUUUAGGAUCCUACAAGGGGAGAGCAUUGCAAUGCAGACCAACACAAGGACGAAGGCCUCAAAUUUGCUGAUGCAACUGAUCUCGUGCGGAUCUUUAUCAGUGAAAAACCACAGUUUGGACCUUAUUCCUUCUUCCUAUAAGGCGAGGUUUUCACAUUCAAAAUUCCCCUCCCCAUUGUUCUCAACAUCUGCUAUGUUGGGGGAAUUUGAUUACCUAGCAGAGAAUCCAAAGGUGAUGGGCCACAGAUCGGAAGACAAAGAAUGUUUUAGUGGGAGCUUAGUUGAGUCUAAAAUGCUGAAGGAAGAGGAUGGACAUAAUGUUCAGAAACGCUCUUCUUCUUUCAGUGAUGAGAGGACAUAUCAAGAGCUGAAAUCACAAGAAAUAGCGGAAUCAUCAUCCUUAGGAAAUUCUAAACGCAUUUCAUUGAAGAAACAGCCACCAAUUGAAUCAAUGAGAUCUCCUGUUUCUGAUGGAUCAAGAAGAAACUCCAUGGAUAGAAUUGGUGACUUGUUCGGCAGCAAAAGAAUCACUGAACCUUCAUCAAAGAAAAUUCAAUCUAAGAGUAUAAACUCAUUUGGUGAAGUUGAGAAGGUGAUCAGAAUAGAGGAAAGCUUGCUUCCGGAGCUCGAGUUAUAAUCCAAUCAAAAACCAUCUUGUGACACAGCUUCCAAUAGCUAUCAGAAAUCAUGUUUCUAGUAUAUUUACAUCAAUUUCUAUUUUCUUAGAAUCAAUAGCAUGUUUGGAAUGAUUUCUCUGAAUCAAUUAUGAAACUGAGAAGCUGCCCAUGUCAGAAUUGAUUCUGGAAAAGUCGAAGGAUUUUCUCAUUUUCAAACAUGCUGGUAGGGAAAUUGCUACAUUUUAGCUUUUGUUUGAAUGCAACAUGAUAGUAUAUAUCUACACAUAUUCAUGUGAUAUAUUCUGUAAAUCUACGAAGUGAAAAUGUAAUGACAGGUUACUCACUGCAAAGGGGGGCUAAUAGUGCCGGUGUGGUCCCUAUGGUCCAUUACUCUCUGUAAAUUGAAUCUUAUGUGCUGGUUACAAGGACUGCUCUGAAAUGAAGUGUUAUUGCUCA